AUGGUUCAGCCACCCCAACAGCUUGCGGACGGCGCUGCGACUCGUGACAGCGCCGAGCAGGGCCGAGUGUCCCGAAUGGCUCAGAAGCAGGCAGACGGGGCCACUCGUCAUGCCAGCACCGAGCCGAAACCACCAUCAGGAUCAGUUCAAGAGCUCCUCCAACAGCCGAGGCAUGCCGCUCCUGUCCCAGCGGAGACAGCACAGCCGUCGAAAGACGCUCCAAAGCUACCGACUCCGACUCGAGGAAACGCCGAGACAGCACAGCUGCGGAAGCGGAAGCCAAGUUCUAGCUGCAAGAUUCCCAGCCCAACGAGUAAGAAGGCACGUACAGAGAGUGCGCGUUUAGAGCAUCUCAAGAAAUGCACGGAUUGA